AUGUUCUACAGUCACGAAAUCUUGACUAACCAGCAGUAUGGUGUUGCCACCGUGUGGCUGGUUUCGACCUUUGGUCUCAGAUCAAGCAACAGGAAGAUCUCGCGUAAGGCAAUCCAAGAAGUCAAUGUCAGGAAAGCCUGCGAGACCAUCCUCCAGCCGGGCGCACCCAUUGCUUUGCGGCUGCAGGGAAGUCUACUAUAUGGCGUUUCUAGGGUCUUCUCCCAGCAAUGCUCCUAUGUGCUCACCGACGCCGAGAAGAUCCAUAUGCACAUGAGAUGCUUCUACAAUGUCCUGGGAGGCACCGAGAAUGCCCUUGAUCCGCAAGCCGGCAAAGCAAAGCGCAACCAACUCAUCCUCCCGGAUGAUCCAAACUUCGAGGUCAACAUGGGGCUCCCAGCCUUCCGCUUGGACGAGGAUGGAAAUCUAGCUUCCCUAUUCCAGAGUCAGGCCUCAUGCAAGACUUCGUCCCAGUUCUCCCCACUGGAUAAAUUCAAUCUCACACCAGACGGCAGCGGCUCCUUUCUUCUUGGCCUUGAUCUUCCUCCAUCUUCUCCUGCCGACCCGCUGUAUUCUCAGCAUUCUUCCUACUCCUUGGGGCCUCUUUCUCAACAUAAGCCUGACGACGAUAUGAUGGAGUUCGGCCAACCCGAGGCCAACGCCGAAAUCUUUGGCGAUUGGGGAAUCGAGAUCGACGCUGACGGUAACGUGAUGGCAACUGUCGACGAGCCUGAGCUGCCUGUUCUUCCUCGCCCCGAGGAAGAGCGAACUCGUGUCACUGCCUUUGGCCAAGGUCAUAAUGAGUCGGAAUUAUCCUUUGACGACCAAGGUGACUUGCUCAUGAGCGGAGGUACGGCCCCUCCGCCCGAUGCCGAUGAAGUUCCUGGCCUUGUCCCCGACCAAGUCGAGCAAGCUCAGGAAGACCAGUUAAUGGAAGAUGUCGAAGAAGCACAAGUCAUUGCGGAGGAGCCUGUGGUUGAGGCAGUCGCCGCACCUGUCCAACGUCGUCAGCGCCGCCGUACUGUGCUGGUACCUGACCAUGAUACCAAAAUCAGUCGCCACGAAUUGAAGUCGUGGAGCACCAAUUAUCUUGCCAAUGCCGAGCGGGCGAAUAACGCUGCCGUACGCGGUGCAGCCAUGAACCCAACUACUGCCAAGAAACACGCAUACGAGCUCAUAUUUGGUCGUGGAGUUGGCCGUGUAGGCGCCCUUGAAAGCGGUCUUAACUCCGAAAACCAUCGCAGCCAUCCACUGGCAGCUCUGUUUUCCGGCGCCAAUUUUGCUAGCGAGGCCUUGGGUAUCGACAUCGAUGAGGAGGUUGAAGCCGAGGGAAGACGCAGCCGUCGACGCCCCGCCCUCGAAGCUCUCGAGUUAGAGGAAGAAGAUGCCGAGAGACGUGUACGUCGUCGCCUUAGUGAUGAGAACGGAGAAGAGCAUCAAGCGCAAGCGCAGCCAAACACCGAGCCGCAGACUGAGGCAGGCCGUGGCGGCUUGCCUACUGGAGGAGUCGAAGAAGACGCCGAGAUUGGAAGAAGAGAUGGCUCAGCACUGCCCGACAUUCCCUCCGACGCUCCCUGGAACCGACCCUCUUCCCUGGUCCCAGGCUCAUCGGUGAAAGGCGACAAUCACCACCCCGGAUCCAGCCGCCAAGUGAGCGCCAGUCCCCUCCACAGCCGCGGCAGCCGCUUGGCCCACCUUCCCCCCAUUGAUCGCUUCAGCGACGCAGGAUCCUACGCGCCCUUCUUGCACUCUGGCGGCGCCCCUGGUUUCUCAUCCGACCCCAUAAUGCCACCUGGAGAGGAUGAACCGCAGCUUCCGCAUUUGCCUGGCGGUCCUCAGGGUGGCCGUGACCUCUUGCGCUGUACUCCUUCCGGCGAAGCUGAAAUGACUGCUACCCAGGCUGCGGCCGAAACCUCCCAAGUAAUGCGCGACGCUCUAGAUCGCGACGGCCACAACUUCCUGGCUUACGUCAAUAUGGUAGCCAAAGCCAGAGGGGAGACGCGGUCCCUCGGCGGCGGCGGUGCUCCACCCUCUUCUUCCCAUGCCCACGGAGACGGAAACGACAGACUUCUCAGACAGUGGGUUGCCUUUGACGAGCUGUUGGAUGAACCUAGAGACAGAACCCGACAGGUGGCGACUCAGGCUUUCUACAACGUCUUGGUCCUCGCGACCAAAGACGCAAUCAAGGUGGAGCAGGACAUGGAGGGCUUCCAGCCGUUUGGCGAAAUUCGCGUGGGCGUUGAGGUGUCGGAGGCUGAGAUGCUGGCUCUGAUGGAGGAGGAUGGUGACGAGUGA